UGGUCAUACGCUCUUCUUAAGAAAAUCAGAUGUGUUUUUUCAGCAUUUUAUGCUAUCAAACAAAUUGCGGCAGAAAUAUUCUCAACUUGUUUAGUUUUGUCAACUUCAAUAAUAUUUUUGUUGGAGCUCCAAAUGGCGUCUGCAUGUAGUUGCCGUUGCUCAAUAUUGUUUGAUUCCGACAGAUCUCUUGAGCAAAACAUGUCUAUUUCUUGAGAAAAUAUGUUUGCUCAUGGUGUCUAUCUUCUUCUUUUGAUUUAGUUCCAUGCUGCUGCAUGAAAAGAUGCAAAUAUUUUUAUUGUGUAAUUCGAUGUCUAUUAUCGUAACGCUGCCAUUUGAAUCUCCAAAGGUGUGAGCAAUUUUGUUUUUAUAUAGUUCAUAUGCAUUGUUGAAGUGGGAGCAGAGAUGAGAGAAGAGGCAUUAGGCUCCCUAAUUGGUGUAUCGGUUGGAGUGGUGAUUGGAGUAGCUCUGGCUAUAGUUGCUUUCUUUUGCAUCAGAUAUAUCAGGAAUAGCAAUUGUAGGAGGGCUGCAAGAAUCCAAAUUUCUGGACGCCCAGCUGAUUCUUGCACCACCAUUUCAGACUCAUCUGCUGAGACUGAGUCUACCUCGCCGGGUGGCUUGUCAUUGUGGCCGAGGGGACUUAAGAAGGCCAAUGUGAUUCCUGCAUCUGAAAUACUUAAAUACUCUUACAAGGACCUGGAGAAAGCAACCAGCAAUUUUACUACAUUGAUUGGCCAAGGGGCUUUCGGCCCCGUUUACAGAGCUCAAAUGUCGACUGGUGAGACUGUUGCUGUGAAAGUCCUAGCUAAAGAUUCUAGGCAGGGGGAGAAAGAGUUCCUAACUGAGGUUAGGUUAUUAGGAAGGUUACAUCACAGAAACCUUGUGAAUUUGGUGGGCUAUUGUGUGGAGAAGCAGCACCACAUGCUUGUUUAUGUGUACAUGUGCAGAGGAAGUUUGGCUUCUCAUCUAUAUAGUGAGAAACUGGAAGCACUGGAUUGGGAAUUAAGGGUUGAAAUAGCUCUUGAUGUGGCUAAGGCCUUGGAGUAUCUCCACGACGGUGCUGUUCCUUCAGUAAUACAUUGUGACAUCAAGUCUUCCAAUAUCUUGUUGGAUUCCUCUAUGCGAGCAAGGGUUGCCGACUUUGGACUCUCUAGAGAGGAGACGGUUAGCACGCAUGCACCGGAUAUUCAGGGAACAUUUGGAUACGUCGAUCCUGAUUGCAUAACAACGCGUUCAUUCACCAAGAAGAGCGAUGUUUACAGCUACGGGGUGUUGCUCUUUGAACUCAUUUCAGGGAGAAAUCCUCUGCAGGGGCUCAUGGAAUACGUUGAGCUAGUUGCAAUGAGCAGUGAAGGGAAAGCCGGGUGGGACGAGCUAGGCGAUCCUCGUCUCCAAGGCAAGUUUAAGGUGGAAGAAGUGAACGAAAUGGGCGAUCUUGCGCAAAAAUGCGUGAGCUGCGACGCAAAGAAAAGGCCAUGGAUGAGGGAUGUUGUUGAGCUGCUGUCGAGGAUUCUUAACCGCAGCUGUGGAAACAAGCGUUGCAACCAAGAGCUUAUCACACAGUUUGUUUGCCAGAAUCCAUUUUCUCAACACUCGCCCACUGCUGCUCACUCAAUUCAUGUUUAAAUUACACUUUUUUUUUUUUGUGAUGGAGAUACAAUAAAUAUUUGUUGUUACACUAGUACUUGUAAUGUAUAUUGACAUCUUUGAUUGCUUUA